UGUUGUUGUAAAUUUUCCUCUGAACGAGGUGAAAUGUGAGAAAGCCGCGAGCUUAUACAGUGAGAGCGCAGAGUCAGUGUCGAGAUUAAUUGAUGUCAAUGGAGAGCACCUGUGCGCAGCUGUCGACUGUCAGUUUUACACGUUUUAUAGAUAUUGUUUUACAUUAAAACAUUCAUAACCAUUGAUAAUAUUUAAUAACGAUCAAAGUCGCAGGUGCAUCAUUGAUUUGUAAUGAAAUGUCGCAGCUGGGAUCGGCUGUGCCCUCAUCAAACUUACCCGAGGGCCUCCCGGUGUCCAGUUUGGCACUGCUGAUCCUGGUUCUGAUACCCUGCGUGGUUCUGCUGCUUCUCAUCAACUGUCUCUUUGUGGGCUACAAGCUGUUUCUGUUGACCCGGAGGAAGAGAGAGCGCUGCGGGUCCGAAAUCUCGCUCGUGCACUCGUCUCUAUCCACCCGGCAGAGGGUCACCCGCUUCUCUGACGAACCUCUCUUCGGUCCGCACAGGAAGAACAACUAUGUUUCUGUGUCGGAGCCCAUGCUGGCGCCACCGAUCACGUCGUCCUUGACCUCCUCGGCGGAGAGAAGGGCCACCGGACAGCGCGCCAGGUUUCUGCGCCCGGAUGGGGCCACCUACCCCGGGUCAGGAUCGCUGCGCGUGCCAAGCUGGAGGACUAGCGCGCCGGUUCUGGUGCAGUCCAGUGAUUCGGAGACGGAGCGAAUAAACACGGUGCCACCGAACUCACCCGCGAUUCGUGUGACUCCGAAUGGGUUCUCCGUGCCGAUGGUUUCCAUGCGUAGAAGCAGCACAAUGGACCUGGAGAGCGCUUCUCUGGAUAAGAUCCAUGUGGAGUGCGAGUCAGCCAGCAGUAUUGCAGUUGAGAAUUCCUGCUAUGUGCCUUCAUCAAGUCCUUCUGCUGGUGGACCUGGACUUGACAGUGACUUUGGAGCCAGCGCAGGAGUGUCUUUGCGUAUCCUUUCUAUGGACAGCGAUGGUUUUCCGGGCUCGGCCUGGGCAUCCGCUUUGGAAUGGGAUUACUAUGACCCGAGUUACGUCACUCAGAACCACGUUCCCAAACACAGGCACCAUGCACCUCCCAUCACCAGCAAACAGUACUGGGUCUAGAGUCUGUGCUCCAUGGAUGGGAGAUCUUAAACAUGACUCAAUUCAGUCAUUUUAAUGCUAGACUGUCGGUUAAGCCAAGUCUAGGUUUAUUUGAUCUUGGGUUAUGCACUGGAAAAAAAAUAUUCACUUGCCGUUUUAACUGCAACACAUCAAAAUCACAAACAAAUGAUUUGUUCACAGCUUAUUUCUAAAACUGCCAUUUUGCUUGCACAAAUGUUUACACACAAACA